AUGGGCGAUCUCGGAGGAAAUCAACCGCCGGUAAUCAACGGCGUGUUUGUGGAGACGAACCUGGUGACGCGUCUCGUCGUUCCGGUUGUGAAAGACGAAACCAUCUCGAGUUUCAAAGAUCGGUUUCGCGAGGAGCAUCAUGAACAUUUCACAGAAACUGGAGAAAUCAACAUUGAUGCGGUGAAGGUGAAAUGCGGAGGUUGUUUGUAUGAAUUGUCAAAUCAUAUGAAAGUGAGUGACGCUUUUGACGCCAUUAGUAGAAACUGGUUUCUAUAUGUCGAUGCUGCUAAGGUUGAGAAGGAGAAUCCUCUGGCCAUAGUUGUUGCUUCUCAAAACUGUUGGGUUGAAGGAAAUCAAGAGGUUGGAUCUGAGAAGACAAGAGCAGGGAAGAGGAAAGUGAAAAGCUCGGAGGGAAAGAGAGGUCGUAAGAAACGCGUGACUGAUGAUGGUGUUAAUCAAUCUGCCAAGGUUGAGAAGGAAGAUCUUCUGGCUACUGUGGUUGCUGAUCAGAAAUGUUCCAACCCUGGUUUGGUUGGAGAAGAUAGAGAGAUUGGAGUUGAGUCAGUACUUGAACAAGGGUUGGAAACACAAGUACCUGUAGCUGAGAAGACGAAAAGAGAGAAGAGGACAGUGAAAAUCUCGGAGGGAAAGAAGAGUCGUAAGAAACGCGUGAGUGAUGAUGUUGUUAAUCAAUCUGCUACACUUGACAAGGACGAUCUUCUGGCUACUAUGGUUGAUGAUCAAAAACGUUCGAACCCUCUAAUGGACUCUGUACUUGAAGAAACACAAGUAGCUGUAGCUGAGAAGACAAGAACAGGGAAGAGGAAAGCUAAAAGCUCCGAGGGAAAGAAAAGUCGGAAGAAACGCGUGGUUGAUGAGAGUAAUGAGGCUGAAGCUGUUACUGUUGCUGCACCGAUUUCUGAAGUAGACGAUGUUCUUACUGCAGCUGUAGGAAAAGGAAACGAGACGGGUGAGGAAUCUGUGGAAGAUAUCACUCAAACUGAUAAACUAGCGAGCCAACCAGAGCAUCACGUGGAGAAGAAAAGUCAUAGAAAGCCCAAAACAGCCAAAAGCCUUGUGAAAGAAGAGAGUGUUCAGAAUCUUGAACCUGUGGAAGUUGUCAAUGGAGAAGGGUCUGAUAAUGUCAUCAGGGAUGUGUUACGUCCUGCACCGGAGGUGGCUCUUCCCUUCAAAAAUGCAAAAGACACUGAUGCGUUGGUCAUAACGCCUAAGGACGUCGCUGGUAAUAGUGAGCAUAAUCAAAUUCUAGAGGGGAAGGCUGAUAUGGGAGAUGCUUUAUGUCCUAGCCAAAAGGUCGAUGUUGCUGAUGGGGGUGACAAGAGGCAAGAUCAUGUGAUCGAUGUAGCUAUGUCUAAAGAGGAGAAGAAAGGCCUUGAUGGUUCCAUUAACAGUUCGGUGAGCUCAAAGAAACCGAAAGAGAAAAAGGCUAGAGGUUCUAUUACUAGCCAUGUGCAGUCAAUGGUUAAGAGUGGAUCAAAGGUUGAUCAUGCCGCGGAAGUCGCUGUCGACAGCAAGAAAGAAAACAUCUCCAACAGUUUCAUUGAUGGUUCAUUGAGCUCAGUGAAACCGAAAGAGAAGAGAUCUGCAGAUGUCACCAGUGGAGCACCACCAUCUAAUAGUACAUUAGACGAUGAAGAGAGUGAUGUGAAUUCUGUGUCUAGGAAGCAAGGAAACGAUCUGUCUGCUGGUGCUGGAGAAGCAAAAUUGACCUUGGUAGAUGUACUGAGAAGAUCAGAAAGUUACAAGAAGGCGAAACUGAGUGCUGAACAGUCACAAGCCGAAGAGAAAUUGUGUUUAGACCCUGAGGAAAAAUAG